GCGCAGCCAUGUGGGUGGCGGCGCUGGCGGCGCUGCUGGCGGCGGCGGGGGCGCAGUACGAGCGCUACAGCUUCCGCAGCUUCCCGCGGGACGAGCUGAUGCCGCUGGAGUCGGCCUAUCGCUACGGGCUGGACCAGUACAGCACCGAGAACUGGCCCGAGAGCGUCAGCUACCUGGAGGUCAGCAUGCGGCUGUACCGCCUGCUGCGCGACAGCGAGGCGUUCUGCCACCGCAACUGCAGCGCGGCCGGGCAGCCGCCCCCCGCGCCCCCCGCGCCCGCCGGCGCGGCGCUGGAGGAGCUGCGCCUCCUGUCCGGGGUGCUGCGGCGGGCGCAGUGCCUGCGGCGCUGCAAGCAGGGGCUGCCCGCCUUCCGACAGGCGCAGCCCGGCCGCGACCUGCUCGAGGAGUUCCAGCGCCGCGAGCCCUACAAGUACCUGCAGUUCGCCUACUUCAAGGCUAAUAAUCUUCCAAAAGCUAUUGCAGCAGCUCACACAUUUCUUCUGAAGCAUCCAGAUGAUGAAAUGAUGCAAAGAAAUAUGGCCUACUAUAAGAGCAUACCUGAUGCUGAGGAGCAUAUUAAAGACUUGGAGAUAAAGCCUUAUGAGAAUCUCUUUGUCAGGGCUGUGCGAGCGUACAAUGGUGACAAUUGGCGGACAUCCAUCUCAGACAUGGAACUGGCUCUUCCUGAUUUCUUCAAAGCCUACGAUGACUGCAUAGCAGCCUGUGAAGGAUCCCGAGAGAUCACUGAUUUUAAAGACUUCUAUCUUUCCAUUGCAGAUCAUUAUACUGAAGUCCUUGCAUGCAAAGUACAGUGUGAGAGCAAUCUGACACCCAUUAUAGGAGGCUUUGUCGUUGAAAAAUUUGUGGCCACCAUGUACCAUUACUUGCAGUUUGCAUAUUAUAAAUUGAAUGACAUGAAGAAUGCAGCUUCUUGUGCUGCUAGUUACCUUCUGUUUGACGAGAAAGAUGAAGUAAUGAAACAGAACAUGGUCUAUUACCAGUACCACAAAGACAAAUGGGGACUUACAGAGGAGGAUUUUCAGCCCAGAUCGGAGGCAGUUCGAUACCACAACAUCACCACGCUCCAGCUGGAAAUGUAUGCAUUCGCAAAGGAACGUCUGAUGGAUGAUGAUGAGGGAUGAGUAAUUAAGGAGCGGGGGAAGAAGUCAAUUUUGAGGGUUUUCUCCAUGUGCUCUUAGAAGAAGGUGUUACAGAGCAAUCUUCAGCCUCAGGCACUGUGUGUGGAAUAAACAAGCAUUCAUUUGCUGGCAUUCAUUCCUGUAGCCCCUUUCACCAGGGCAAUUAUAAAUGACCUUGAAAUCUGCAGGGGGGUGGUGCAGUGUAAACCUCAGUUAAACUUUUGGGCUGACAAGGAAGUCACAUUAUGCUGGAUUAUAUGUUUGGAUUUAGCAACCAAAAUUACUGGGCCUGCUUAUGCCACAGAUACCCGUUCCUCACGCUCUCUUUGUAUUAGGAAAGUUACCAUUCCUCUUCCCAGGGGAAAAGCUGAAGGGCUUCUGGGCCCUCCCUUGCUAGGGCCCAAAAACCUGUGCGGGGUGUAGGCUGUCCAUGCCUCUGGCUUGGCUCUGGUAGUAAACUCCUCAAUUCCUGGCUACCAGAACUUCUCUUUGGCUGCAGGAGACUUCCAGAGAGUGCAGACAGAGCAGGACUAGCACAGUGGUAAAACCACUGCCUUGCAGUUUCUGUUCUAUGGGCAGGACCUGGUAGUAUAAGUGGAAUUUUUUAUUUUGUUUAAUAUUUCUCCUGGCACGGAUAGAAAAGUUUGUUCCAUAGGAAUGUUGAAAACUGAUGAAAACCCCAGAUAAGGCAUUACGGUAAAAACUUUAUUAAAAAUUGUUAAGGAUGGAGGCAAGCUCUCUUCUAAGUGGACUCAGUUUAUUUAAACCAUGUGCUUCUUGGGCCAUAGGCCAUCCCUUCUGUGAGUUUCUGCGGUCCAUGUUUGCUGUUUAUGAAGUUGCUUGUGGACCAGUAAGAUAGCCUACAAGAUAAUCUGCAGGAAAAAAAAAAUUCUUUUUUCCUUGAUGGAAGCAAAAGGAUUGAUGUGGCAAGAGGAUCCCUUCCUAUGCGAGUGUCAUUAUUUUCAAGUGGAGAAACUCAUUUUAUCCAGACUUCUCAGUGCUCCCGUAUCCCAGAUCAUCCAUUGGCUUUCCAAAUCCCAUUAGCAAAGCGAGUUAAAACAUUUGGCUUCUUCAGGAAUACACAGCAGUAAUUGCAGAGGCUGGAACUGGCGGUAAUGAUUUUUGCAUAUGUUACUACAAGAAAUACUGUCCAGCUUGUGUUACUCUAUUAAUGUUUUUCCACAAGGAAAUGAAAAAUUCUUAAUUCAAACAUUUAGCACAGUAGAGGUGACAGAAUAUUAGCCCCAGCUAGCUACAAAUUACUUUUAAGAAAAAGUAAUUAUUCUUAAAUAUCCUUGCAGUUUUCCACAGGGAGGUUAAAAGAACAUUACAGUGUUGUCAUCUUAGUUGGCCAUGGAUAGACAGGCUUCUUGAUUUCUGUUCAGAUGUGUAAUGCAUCAAGGCUAUCAUGGCUACAGCUCCUGGUACUGCACAGAUUGAAGUGGCAAACUGAAAUGCUG